UUUAUUUCAAUAUUUCUCUAACUAAUGUUUGUAUAAUCUUUUAUAGGUACCUUAAUAAGUAAAAAUAAAAUGGAAAUAGAAGAAUCAACAAAAGAAGAUGUCGUUGAGGUUAUUAGGGAAAGUUUAAGAGAAUUAGUUCAUAAAGAAAGAAAGGAAAAUCGUACAAAAUCGUUAAACAAAAACCGUGUGGGAAAUAUUGUAAUGAAUUCAUCUUUUACACCUGAGUUUGUUAUUGAAAAAGCAAAAUCUCUCAAAAAGAAAGCACUAAUAAUUGAAGAGUAUACACAGCUGCAAAAUGCUCUUAUUCAGAAUACGGAAAAUGUCAAUUCUUUCUUAAAAGUUGACAAUGUCUUAUUUGCUCUAGUGCGUGAUUUAUCUGGUAAUGAUCCAGCUGUACAGUUAUGUGCUAUUGGCUGUUCUUGUAAUAUAGCACUUGGAAAUACUAAGGCAUGUACUUCAUUAACCAAAAGUAUUGGGUCCUAUCUUGUCACAGAAUUAAAUACUUUAAAUUAUCCUUUAUUGGAAGUUUGUAUAUGGACAAUAGGAAAUUUGAUUGCUGGAAGCAAUAAAGCAUUUGAAAUUUUUCAUGCUCAAGGAUGUUUAAAAUAUAUAAUAUCUCUAAUGCACAACUGUGAUAGUAUAAUUAUGCCCGCAAUAGCUUAUACAGCUAUGCAAUAUAUACACAUUGGUUUCCGAUAUAUACAGGAAGAUGAAAUGAUUGAACUUGUCACUGCUACUACAAAGAGGAAUAUUUCAUUUGAAAAUUCAUAUAUUAUUUGGUUGUUAGCUUUAUUAUCUUCACAAAUAUCUUGUAAUAAAUAUUUAUAUAAUACUAUACCUAUAAUAGUAGAUUAUUUAUAUCAAAACGUUACAAACAACUUCACAGCUAUCACAGAAAUCACUGCAUGUAUAAGAAUAUUGGCGAAUACUGUUCAAGAGGCAUCCGAACAAGUAGCAAAGCUUCUAUUAGAGAAUCCAAAAUAUUCACAAUCGGAUUUAGAGAUAUUGUUAAAUAGAUUGCUAUCAUGUCAGUAUGUACAUGUCAGAAAAGAAACACUGUGGUUAAUAGGUAAUCUUUAUAAUCACAAUUCUGCUAAUAUUAAAAAAGUUAUAAGAGACAUUAUUUCUCAAUCAUCAUUCUUGAAUCAAACAAUUUUAUCUACAAUUCAGCAGUAUCGGUAA